CGCCCCUGCCUCAGACAACGUGACGUACUGGCAUGCUCACCUGUGUAAUACCGGUGGCACACCGGGAAAGUGAAAGUAACUGGUAUCUGGGUUGGGUAUCUGCAUAUAUAUCAUGUCCAGUCACACCCCUGCUUAUCUGUUAGACAUCCAAGAGGGUAGACAUGGCAUCUGCUUUGAGAAAUUAUUGGUUUCCUUCAGUGCCAUCUGCAGUUCUUGAAAAACCUUGGAGGGAAACUGUCUGGACUAAUAGAGACCAGAUGGUGGAGAAACUCAGAACAUUCCCGCUGAAUGAUCCUGAAUUUGGCAUGAUCAGAAUCCUGCUGCAUGGACCUGUUGGGGCAGGAAAGUCCAGCGUUAUCAACUCAGUCAAAAGCGCCUUUGCUGGACGUGUGGUCAUGAGUGUGCUAGUAGCGUCUCUUUCCGACAUUAGCUUUACCAGCAAAUAUGAAACACAUUAUAUUAAAGAGGGAGAAGGACGUUCACCUUUUGUGUUCAACGAUAUCAUGGGUCUGGAGGCACAGGAAUCCAGAGGGGUGCACAUUGACGACAUCAUCAGUGCACUCAAAGGUCAUAUCCCAGAAGGCUAUGAGUUUAACCCCAAUGUAUUUUUGACAAAUUCAAAGCCAGAAUACGUCAAGGAUCCCAAACUAAGUGACAAAGUUCACUGUCUGGUGAGUGUUGUGUCUGCAGAUAAAAUUUCUAUGAUGUCAAAAGAGAUUACAGCCAAGAUGAGAACUGUCAGGGACAAGGCCAGCAUAUUGGGAAUUCCUCAAAUUGUUGUCAUGACCAUGGUAGACAUUGCUUGUCCAGAAGUGGCACGGGAUCUGAAAAAUAUCUACCGAAGCAAGGAGAUCAAAUCUAAGAUGGAGACCUGCAGCAAUGUGCUGGGUGUCCCAAUGACCUGCAUCCUGCCAGUGAAGAACUACCAUGAAGAGACACAGAUGAACAAUGACAUCGAUGUCCUGGUGUUGGAGGCUAUGACUAAGAUUGUAGAGGUUGCCAAUGACUACAUAUGGCACCUUCAGCAGAAGAAAAAAACCCUCUCAUGAGGCAUUACUGCACACAUAUGUCCACUGAAAGUGGUAAGAGCCUCUGUAAGUUUCAGUAAGUUAGAAGUUAUAACAGAGUUUUAACCCUGGUACACCUUUUUAAUCACUUUUGGCACUUCUCAAAUUUGACUUGCCACUGAGGUGAAAUCUAAUUUUGUCUGACCAUAGUCAUUUAAUGUAAAAAUAUUAUUAAAGGUUUACUGUUUUUACAUUCAUACAUUUACGGUUUACAUUCAUGUACAUACACGUGAUUUACAUAAAAACAAUAUCAAUGUGGUUAUUUAAUUGCAUACUUUUCUCGAUAAUAAUUGUUGAAGCUUCGGUAGACAGUACCUAAGUUUCUAAGACCUAAGAACUAAGACCCACAGUUGUCAGUUGAUGACAAACUACAAACACCCAUGGAUCCACAAACACACACUGUAUAAAUACACACAUAAUGCACAGUUUGUAUGUGGGAUAGAGUGACUGAGUUGUUGACCCAUUUCUUUGUCAUCCAAUAUGAAAAUCCUGACCAGAUUUUAAAAUGUUUUUUUCUUUCCUGUACAAACACAAUAAACACUUGAUUGAUUCUGGUA